CAGGGACCGCUAGGGGCGCUGUUGCUUUCCUGCAGCACAGUUUUACACAUGAAACGGCUUGCUUUGCUCGUUAGUAGCGUGGGUAUCACUAGCUGGAGUCUGUGCUUGUGUUUACUGCUUUAGGAGUUAAUAAAUGAAUGUAGAAUGUACACAUGGUUUCGCUGUUUUACUUUAAAUGUACUGCACUUGUAACUAGGAGGACAGAUGUAGCGCGAGCUCCAUUAGCCUAGCGCUAAGCUUAGCUGCUAGCUAAUGCAGCGAGUAUAAACCAAAACAAAGGAGUUACCCGCUGAAUUAACAUCCGUAAACUAAACAUUUCCACUGGCAACAAAAUAUGGAUCGCCUAACAUCUUUUGGAAAUGAUCCUUUUGACAAGCCUCCUUGUCGGGGUUGUUCAUCAUACCUAGUGGAGCCGUAUGUAAAGUGUGCUGAAUGUGGACCCUCACCCUUUGUCCUCUGCCUCCAGUGCUUCACUAGGGGCUAUGAGUAUAAAAAGCACCAGAGUGACCACAAAUAUGAGAUCAUGACAUCAGAUUUUCCUAUACUGGAGCCUGGCUGGACAGCCCAAGAGGAGAUGGCUCUUCUAGAGGCAGUCAUGGACUGCGGCUUUGGGAAUUGGCAGGAUGUGGCUUACCAAAUGCGCACCAAGACCAAGGAGGAAUGUGAAGGGCACUACAUGAAACACUUUAUCAACAACCCGCUUUUCUCCUCGACUCUGCUCAGUCUGAGGCAAGUGGAGGAGGCUCGCGCAUCCGAAACUGCCAUCCCAUUUAAACCCACUGAUGAUCCUCCUAGACCUACGUUUGACUCUCAGCUUUCCAGAGACAUGGCUGGUUACAUGCCAGCUCGUGCAGAUUUCAUGGAGGAAUUUGAUAAUUAUGCAGAGUGGGAUUUGAAAGAUAUUGAUUUUGUUGAUGAUGACUCUGAUAUUCUUCAUGCUCUUAAAAUUGCAGUUGUGGACAUAUACCAUUCAAGAUUAAAAGAGAGGCAGCGAAGGAAAAAGAUCAUUCGGGACCAUGGACUCAUAAACUUGCGCAAGUUUCAGAUACUGGAAAGGCGUUACCCUAAGGUGGUACAGGAUCUGUAUGAUGCCAUGAGGCGCUUCGCCAGGGUCGUGGGGCCACUAGAGCAUGAUAAGUUCAUUGAAAGCCACGCUUUGGAGUUUGAAUUGAGGAGGGAGAUUCGCAGGCUGCAGGAGUACAGAAGAGAAGGGAUCCAGUCUUUCUGUGGAGCUAAGGUGUAUGAGCAGGUGAAGCAAGCGAGAGAGGAUGAGCGGAAUAAGAGGAACAUGCUGUGUGAGGUUCUUCAGUACAUUCAUGACAGUCGCGCCUGUCAGCAGUGGCUCCACAAACAGGCUGCCAUUGAUGCUGGCAUUACUCCCAUCAUCACUACCAUCACUACCUCAGGCAGAAGAAGUGCCCCCCCUCUGAACUUGACAGGGUUGCCAGGUACAGAAAAGCUCAAUGAGCGGGAAAAAGAGCUGUGCCAGGUGGUGCGGCUCGUGCCCGGUGCGUACCUCGAGUACAAACAGGCCCUGCUGAACGAGUGCCAGCGGCAGGGUGGCCUCCGACUGGCGCAGGCUCGCUCACUCAUCAAGAUAGACGUGAAUAAGACACGCAAAAUAUAUGACUUCCUCAUCAAAGAAGGCUACAUUAACAAAGUUUAACAGGAGUGAGUGUGAGUGCACUGUGCACUUCUGGCAGGCAGAGAGGUGACACAUUGCACAUGAGCUCUGAGGACUGACGUUAACCCAGACAUUCAGAUCAUGGGAAUUACUGAUAAAGACAUUUGUGUGUCCUGUUUCUACUCAGUGUCUUUCUUUUAAAGGAAGUUGCAGGUGAUGUUUUGUAAAGUGCUGUUCAAAGCUGUUCGAAUACUGUGACUUUACAAAAGUAAAUAUUAUAUAUGGAGUUUUUUUUUAUGUUUUGCAAUGUUUCACUGUCAGCCAUGCAUAUCACAUUUAGCUUUUGUCAGUUGAUAUCUCCAAAAUGUGUAAUUAUGUGACUAAUGUAUUUAACCACAUAAAUACAUCUGUUUUCAAAAUAGA